AUGCUUGGCCUAUCCUUCACCGCGACGCGCACGCAAAUCGCCUCGUACCUCUUCGGCGUCGCGCUCUUCAGCAUCGCCUUCCUCGUGUUCCUGAACAGCAGCAUCAGCUUUGUCAUCACGCAGCGCAUUGGGCAGAGCAAGAAUGUCGGCGGUGCGGUGGGCACGCUGGGCUUUGUGGACGAGCUGGUUGCGCUGGUUGCGUGUCCGGUCUGGGGGCUGCUGAGCGAUAGGGUGGGAGUUAGGGCUGUUGCGGUGACGGGGUACAUAGUUGUGGGAAUUAGUCUGUGGGUGCUGGUUCAGGCCAGGGAUGUUUACCCACAGUUGCUGCUGGCGAGGGUGCUGUUCAGCCUGGGAGGGAGCGCAACGGCGACUAUGGUUACUGCGAUUCUGCCAACCAUGACGAUGGUCAGGGAGGCCAAGCCGGAUCCAAGGAGUCCUACGCUGAGGCGCGUGGUCAAUGGCAGUCGGCAUGCUGUCGCCCCGUCCAUUUCCUCUGAGCUCACCAUCACCCCUGACCGCUUUCGAUCGAGCUCACAAGAAUCGAGCGGAGGUGCGCCCACGAAGAAAGACACAGGCGCGUCUACUUCGCAGCUUGCAGGGCUGGUCGGCAUGUUCACGGGCUGCGGCGCGCUGGUGGCUCUGUUGGUCUUCCUGCCCCUGCCCACCCGCUUUCAGCAGGCUGGCGAGAGCCCUGCUGCUGCUGUUGCGGCCGCUUUCUAUGUGGUGGGUGCCAUCGCCAUUCUUGUAGCCAUUGGCUGCUUCUUCGGCCUGCGUCAGUUGCCUGGCGAGGAGGACAAGGGGUGGAGACGUCUUACUAGCAAGGACGAGCACAAGAGUACUGAGACGUCCCAUGCGCGCGACCUCAUUCUGUCGUACCCCUUCCUCUUCCUCGAGAGCGUCCGUCUAGGCUUCGAAUCACCUCUGAUCGGCCUGGGCUACGUCGGGGGUUUCGUCGCACGCGCAUCAUCCGUCGCCAUAUCACUCUUCAUCCCGCUGUUCACGAAUCACUACUUCCUCCAAACCGGCGAAUGCGCCGUCGACCCCUCGAACCCCUCCGACAUCAAGCACGCCUGCCCGCAAGCCUACAAACUCGCCGCCAUGUUGACCGGUAUCAGCCAGCUCAUCGCCCUCCUCUGCGCCCCAGUCUUCGGCUACCUUUCUGGCAUAUACCCAAGAUACAACGUCCCCCUGCUCCUUGCAGCUGCAUCAGGCAUUGCAGGCUACGCUAUGUUCGGAUCUCUAGCCAGUCCAGACUACAAGAGCGAAGAUGGAACAGGUGCCAUCUUCAUCAUCGUCGCCCUCCUCGGCAUCAGUCAGAUCGGCGCCAUCGUCUGCUCUCUUGCCCUCCUCGGUCGCGGCAUUAACAACGACGAGUCCAGCGCAAACGGCUCAGCGCUUGACUCAACAAAUGUGAGCUACCAUCCCUCGGCAGGCGCGACACCGCCGACAAGCGCACCCAUCACGCCUGUCCAUGAAGAGGAGCCACUGUUGCCUCAGAAUCAGAGCUAUAGCACCAGCAGACCCAGCUCGCCCCCAGAAUCCAACUCAUACAACGAUAUGAAGGGAUCAAUAGCCGGAACUUACAGCUUGCUUGGGGGGUUUGGUAUCUUGCUGCUUACCAAGGCGGGAGGUGCGUUGUUCGAUAGCAUGGGGCCAGGAAGUCCGUUCUACAUGAUGGCGGCGUUCAAUGCGGCCCUGCUUGUUGUUGGUAUACUCGUGGACACUGGUCACGUCUCUGCACACGACGAAGACAUUGUUGUACCAACUACCAGGAUGCGCUCCGAAAUACCCAAAGCAGAUCCGAAUCGAGAUGAGCUACACGCGUGUAAAUAUGUGGGGUCCCCAUACACGACCCCGCGGACCACACACGUCCGUGGACACUUCAUUGGCUCAUCCCUCACAAUCGGCGCACCUUCCAUCACGAAACGGGUCAUUCAACGACAUCUCAAGAGCCUCCCCGCACCAACACACUACCUGUGUGACCGACAUGGGCUGAGCGACCCACUGAUAGUAUCGUGGCGGCGCACCAUGUCCUUCGACACCGAAGUCCUCAUAAUCGGCGCCGGCAUGUCCGGCCUCGGUCUUGCCAUCCAAAUCACCCGCCAAUUCGGAAUCCGCAACUUCGAGCUCAUCGAAAAAUCCUCCGACGUAGGCGGCACCUGGCUGCAAAACACCUACCCCGGUUUCGCGCUGAAUCCGGACUGGAGUCGCAAGUACUCUAUGCGCGAGGAGAUUCAAAGGUAUUUUAGGGGCGUGAGUGAUGCGUAUGGGAUCACGGAGAGAGUAAGGUUUCAUUCGGUGGUGGAGAAAGCGAGGUGGAAUGAGAAGGAGAUGGUGUGGGUGGUGAGUGUGCUGAAUUUGAGGACCAAGGAGAGGCGGGUUACGAGGGCGAAGGUGCUUGUUAGUGGAGUGGGGAGUUUGAGUGUGCCGAAGGAGUGCGAUGUCGAGGGGAAAGAAUCUUUUAAAGGGAAGAUGUUUCAUUCUGCGAAGUGGGAUCAUGGAUUUGAUUGGAGUGGGAAGGAUGUCGUCGUCUUGGGCAACGGCUGCUCAGCGACCCAAUUCGUCCCCAUCAUGGCCGGCGAAGUCGGCGACAAACCCCCAGUCCGCAAGAUCAUCCAAUUCGCCCGGCAAGCGCAGUACCUCUCGGAGCGCGAGAACCCUUACUACACACCCACCUUCAAAGCCGUGAUGCGCUACGUCCCGCUGGCCAUGCGUCUCUACCGCGCCAAGCACUAUUACGACAUGGAGUCCGACUGGUCCGGCUUCCCAAUCGAAAGUGGUGCAGCGAUUCGCUCUGGUCUGGCGAAAGAGAAUGAGGCGUAUGUGAAGCGUACAGCGCCGAAGAAGUAUUGGGACGCGCUGAUUCCGAGGAGUGAGAUUGGGUGUAAGAGGAAGGUGCUGGAUACGGAGUACCUGAAGUGCUUGUGGAAGGAGAAUGUCGAACUGAUACCGGACGAUCCAGUGCAAAAAAUCACAGAAGAUGGAGUUGUAACUAAGUCGGGGCGCGAGGUAAAGGCGGAUGCGAUUGUGCUGGCGAUCGGGUUUGCGACGCAGCAGAUGCUCUGUCCGAUGGAGAUCGUUGGCCGAGAUGGGCUGAAGCUGAACGACUACUGGGACACGCAAACCCGCGGUGUAGCACAAGCCUACUUCGGCACCGUCAUCCCUUCCUUCCCCAACUUCUUCGUCCUCAUGGGUCCU